CUAACGGUCGCUUGUCAGACGUCAACUAUUUUCGCUCCGAUCUCAAUUUGUAAAUUAUGUAUUUAUUUUGUUUUGUAAUUGUCUUGUUGUCGGCUACGCAAAGCAUUUCCUUCACUCUCUGCGUCGGAGACAGCAACCCCCGCCCUCCACCCACCGCUUCCUCCGCCCAUAUCUUCACUACCCCGAAGAAAAAUUGAGAAAAUCGACAUUAGCUACCAUAAUUAAGACUCAAUAAUAUUAAUUAUAAUUAUAUAAUUAUAUUAGCAUUUACGAUUUGAUACCCCACUAUCUCUCUCUCUCUCUCGCGCUUUCUCUUACCAACCGAGCAGCAGCAGCCCCAAAUCUCGACCAAUCCAAUGGCCUUCGUUUUCGGAUUAUUUCUCGGAAUACUUGUCGGACUCGCAAUCAUUGUCCUCUUUGUCCGGUUCGAGAACCACCGGUCCAAGCUCCGGUCCGAGCUGGCCACCACUGUGGCUGCUUUUGCUCGAAUGACCGUCGAGGACUCCAGAAAGCUCUUGCCUCCCGAGUAUUACCCAUCCUGGGUCGUCUUCUCUCACCGCCAGAAGUUGGCAUGGCUCAAUUCUCAUCUCGAAAAGAUGUGGCCUUAUGUCAAUGAGGCAGCGUCCGAGCUGAUAAAGACAUCCGUGGAGCCAGUUCUGGAGCAGUACAGACCAAUCAUAUUGUCCUCACUGAAAUUUUCCAAGUUCACUCUUGGUACGGUGACACCUCAGUUUACAGGGGUUUCUAUAGUUGAAGGUGGAGGUGACAGUAUCAUUAUGGAGUUGGAAAUGCAGUGGGAUGGAAAUCCGAGUAUAAUACUAGCUAUCAAGACUUUAGUUGGCGUAGCACUACCAGUGCAGGUGAAAGAUAUUGGAUUCACGGGGGUAUUCAGGCUGAUCUUCAAGCCUCUGGUUGAUGAGUUUCCGUGCUUUGGAGCUGUUUGCUACUCAUUGAGAGAAAAGAAAAAGUUAGAUUUUAAGCUUAUUGUGGGUGGCGACAUAUCUGCAUUACCUGGGAUAUCUGAUGCAAUUGAGGGGACAAUACGGGAUGCCGUUGAAGAUUCAAUUACAUGGCCUGUUCGGAAAGUUUUUCCCAUUUUUCCAGGGGAUUACAGUGAUCUGGAGUUAAAGCCAGUCGGAAUGCUAGAGGUGAAACUUGUGCAGGCAAAGGAGUUAACAAAUAAAGACGUGGUGGGAAAAUCAGAUCCGUUUGCAAGACUAUACAUACGACCUUUACCCAACAGAAUGAAAAGAAGCAAAACCAUUAACAAUGAUUUGAAUCCAAUCUGGAAUGAGCACUUUGAAUUUAUUGUUGAAGAUGAAUCGACUCAACAUUUGGUGGUUAAAGUUUAUGAUGAUGAGGGAUUUCAAGCAUCUGAGCUCAUUGGAUGUGCUCAAGUACAACUAAGUGAGCUUCAGCCUGGUAAAGUGAAGGAUGUGUGGUUGAAGCUGGUUAAAAGCUUGGAUGUCCAAAGAGAUAAUAAAAACCGCGGGCAGGUGCAUUUGGAGUUGUUGUAUUGUCCAUUUGGCAUGGAGAAUGGCUUCGCCAAUCCUUUUACUUCCAACUCCGCAAUGACCUCUUUGGAAAAGGUGCUUAAAAGUGGAAUGAACGGAACAGAUGCUACUGAAAGUGAAAAGGAAGCGGCACAGAAGAAAAGGGAGGUCAUAAUUAGAGGAGUACUAACUAUUACUAUGAUAUCUGCUGAGGACUUGCCACCUGCUGAUCUCAUGGGGAAGGCUGAUCCUUACAUAAUACUCACCUUAAAGAAAUCAGGAACGAAAAACAAAACUAGGGUAGUUAAUGACAACUUGAAUCCUGUUUGGAAUCAAACUUUUGACUUUGUUGUCGAGGAUGGAUUGCAUGACAUGCUCAUACUUGAAGUCUGGGACCAUGACACUUUUGGCAAGGACUAUAUGGGCAGAUGCAUCAUGACCCUCACUAGGGUUAUCAUAGAAGGGGAAUACCAAGACUCGAUACCGCUAGAUGGGGCCAAAUCCGGGAAAUUGAACGUCCAGCUUAAGUGGAAUGCACAACCAAUUUACCGUGAUUCUUAAUUGAUAUCUGUCGACUGUUGCAUGGCUAACGGUGGAUCGAAGAUGUACUAUCUGCCCAGAGAUGUAUACAGAGCACCAAAGACACCUUCACAAAUGCUUGAUUCACAAACAUGGAAGGUACUCAGAUGGUGUACGUUUAGUUUUUUCGUAGUACCUGUCAUAAAUGUAGUGAAGUUGUAUACCGUAUUGCCGAUCAGAUUCUACGUGCGGGGUUACUCAGUUCCUCUUUGCUUGGAUUGUCAGAUUAUCGACCUGCGUUACUGUGUAUUUGUAGCGGGAUUCUGCAUCAUCUUCGCCUUUGGUUACGGUUUGCUAUUCCAUCUUUUCCAGCUGCCUUGUGGUUCGUAUGGAGGGGUUCUUAUGUCACUGCCCGCCCGACUGUCGCGGAAAAUGCAAGUUAAUAGGAUCGGAUGCCACAUUGCGAGCUUUGGUGACAUUUUGGAAUUUUGACCGAGUUAAUUUUAUGCUGGAUUUUCUCAUUUGAUUCAGUGGUGCCCGAUGACUUGGUUGCCUUAUUUGCUCGCAUUUGUUUAUCUAUGUAUGCGAAAGCUGGCAACCACUUCGGCUUGCAUUCUCGUCCUGUAAUGUUGCAAGAUGAUUUGAACAGUCUAUUUUCUAUGCCUCUCUUAAUGUGCUCAAAAUUAACUAAA